AUGGCAGAAUCUUCAAUGGAUACUAAGCUAUAUGUCAGUGGAGAAGAUGCAAGAUCUUUUGUAACCGCAGUUCUGGUUGGCAAUGGAGUCGCCCCCGAAAACGCCAACAUCAUCGCCAAAUGUCUCGUAGCAGCCGACCUCCGUGGUGUCGACACCCACGGCAUGAACCGAAUCCCUUCGUACAUGGAACGCGUACGCCAAGGCGUAUUGAAUAGUGCAGCAACACCUACUGUCACUCAAGUCACGCCAGUCGUCGCCCAAGUCGACGCCAACAAUGGUUUCGGAUUCCUUGCCGCCGAUGCUGGUAUGGCUGCAUGUAUCGAGUCUGCGAAGACGUAUGGUAUCGGCAUGGCCAGUAUCAAGCAUUCCAAUCACUUUGGUAUGAGCGCUUGGGUAGUUCAGAAGGCCCUCGAUGCCGAUAUGAUGAGUUUGGUAUUCACAAACUCUAGUCCUGCGUUACCGGCUUGGGGUGGUAAGAGUAAGCUGCUGGGUGUUUCGCCAAUUGCAUGUGGUGCACCUGGCAAAGACCAGCCGUUCGUGUUGGACAUGGCGCCAUCGAUUGCAGCUAGAGGAAAGAUCUACAAAGCAAAGAGGAGGGGAGAGAAAAUACCUUUGGAUUGGGCCUUGGAUAAAGAUGGGAAGCCGACCGAUGACCCAGAAGCGGCAUUAGAUGGCGGCGUAAUGCUCCCUAUGGGUGGCCCCAAGGGUUCAGGUCUAGCUGUAAUGAUGGAUGUCUUCUCUGGCGUACUUUCCGGUUCGGCAUUUGCAGGCGAUGUAACCAAUCCUUACGAUCCGUCUAGACCAUCAGACGUCGGUCACUUCCUCGUUGCUGUGAAACCAGACCUUUUCAUGAGCUUAGAUGACUUCAGGGAGAGGAUGCAGAUCUUGUACGACAGAGUCACGGGUGCUGAGAAGGCAGCUGGGGUAGAGAGAAUCUACUUCCCAGGUGAGCUCGAGCAGAUACAACAGCAGGAAAGAGAGCAGAGUGGCAUUCCAUUGGUUCAAGCGGAAGUAGACGCGCUAAAUGCAGAGGCAGCAAGGGUUGGCGCAAAACCGUUGGUUGUGAAGUAA